AGGAGUCAAAAUAGACGGAAAGAUUUUUUAUCUCCCAGUUUAGGAUGAAGGAAGGUGCAAAUAACUUGUCUUUCGCCAGAGACGCGCACUCUGAACAGAGGCGAGAGAGACAGCAGAGCUACAGUUGUGGGGGUUGUGUGUUUACACAGCACACGGGAAAUGUCUGGCUGUGAGCCUGGCAGCAGCAGACGAGCGCUCUGGCUGCGGCGGCGACGACGCGUGUGCCUGGGAACACUUCGGAAGCAGACGCUGCAGACGUGCUUCUGAGGCUUACGCGGUGUCUUUGUGAAAGUGAUGAAUUUGGACAGCCAGAAGGGAGUAACGACCGGUGCCCUGAGAGGGCGAGAGGGCGAGAGGGCGAUAGAGCCCGAAAGAGGUGCAUACCAUUAGCGAUUAAGCAAAUGCAAUUAUUUGAAAAGUCGAGCGUUUGAAAGAAACCCUUUUGGAAGCCGUGGAUGGCGAUUCUCUUCCUGCUUUCCAAACGAAAAAACAAAGCCGAUGACGCAAGAAAGAAAUAUAGCGUGCAAAUUGCGGACUGAGCAGCGGUUUGGGGAGCAUGAGUCCUAGGAGUGAAGAGGAUGUUUACAGCUCGAAGUCUGGUUGGAGGCUUGGUUUCUGGCUGAGUCACACAUUUCUUCCAGUUCAAUACGGGUGGUUGACUUUUCAUCUGGACACAUGUUCUACAGCACUAGACAACUGGCCUUCAGCAGAACGCAUGCCUGGAAUGGAAGCUGUUUAGUAUAUCUUCUCUGCUUUUCAUCCUUGGCUAGGAUCGCUGAUUCCUAGCAGUGUAAUCCGCCUGGAUUUUUUUCUGUGGGAUCUUGAAAGCACCAGGACUUUAAGCUCUUCUGAGCUCAGUGCUGGCUUGACUGAUUUCCUGGUAGAAGUGUCUUUGGUGGCAUUUACACUAGAAGCUGCUGCCAUUCAUUUGCCCAGGAGGCACCCCCUUCAGUUUCAAUGUAGUGUGAGAGAGGAGAGAUGUGGCGAUGUAGUGUGAGACAGGAGAGGUGUUGCACAGCAUACAGGGAUUAUCAUACGCACUGGUAAAUUAAGCAGCACUGACUAAUUGACAUGCUUCAAAUACUUCUAAUAAGAUUUUUUAAAAUGCUGCAGCUGGCUUAAUUAAAAGCCUCAGGGGUUUGUUUUAAAAAGUCAUUUUGAGGCACUGCGAGCCUGUGUGGAGAGGGGUCUUUGAUUGUGGCUGGUCUGGGACCCCGCUGCUCACAAUGGGGAUGUCCCAGGACAACUACACCUUCCUGACCUGCUUCACUGGCUUCUGGCUCAUCUGGGCGCUGAUCGUCCUGCUGUGCUGUCUGUGCAGCUACAUGCAGCGGCGGGUGAAGAGGAAGCGCGAGGAGAGACUCAGAGAGUUGACCUUUCGUACGCUGGAGAUGGACGCCCUGGCGUAUCGGAGAUGCCCCCACAGGGAACCCACCGGCGCCUGGGAAAGCGCACACGAAGUGAUCGGGAAGCCCCCUUGCUAUGAGGAAGCGGUGGUGAUGGAAGACCCCCCUCCCCCUUACACUCAGGUCCUGGCUGACACCAAAGCUGCUGCCGGGGGGUCCCAGAAACACCAGGACCCCGAAAUGAACAAGUCCCUCCCUGAGCUGGUCCUCACAGAGCAGCCCUAUACCUCGUUCAUGCACCUCCCUGGAGCGGGACAGUGGAGCUCCCUGGGGACACUGCUGUCCAGUGCAGAUCUGAAUCGCACCAACCUCCCGGCCGAGAGCACCGGAGCUCUGCCCGCUGCCUUCCCAGUCAUAGGCAGGAGCACAGCAGUGUGAGGAGGGCAAACAGGCUGCUUCUGUACUGAGAGGAGAAACUGUAGCACUCCUCUGCAAGGCCUGGGAACCCACAGCAGCGUACAGCUGCAGGACACAAAGACAGCAUCUGAAUGCAUCUUCUUCACAGGCUGCUUGUGGGAAACUUCAGAAGUUACCCCUGAGAGGGAAGCUAGCCCCCUACCGGAUGACUUUGCGUGGGGGUGGAGCAGUUUAAUUGUGUUGUCAUGUGUCACCUGGACCCCCAUGUGAGAAACAGCAAUGAAAGUGCAUUCAAUUGGGACAAGGUAUUGCCAGUGUCGGGUAAGCACUCCAUGACUAGAGAGAAUAAUGCAAAUUCAGUGACUGUGAUGUUCCGCUACUGUUACAAUGGAAAUAAUACAGUGAUCUUAAAUUGCAGGUGCAAUGCACAAGUGAUUCUGUAAGUUGUAAUGCAUUGUCAUUGUUUGUCCGCUGGGCGCCAAUAAUAUUGCACCUUUAGGGGGGUCCUAUGUGGAUGAAUAUGGUUAACAUUUCCAUUACGCUAGUGACAAGUUAAGGUAAAGCACUUUUUUGUUGCUUGUAAAUAAAUACAAUGCAUUGGCUUGCAGGAUCAGUCUUUGAAAGGAGUUUCUACUUCACAGCCACGCGUUUAGUUUCUGCAUCACGUUAUCAAUAGCUCUGAAAUAGCCUUCCGAUGGAUUUUUUUUGCUUUGUUAUCAGUUUUACAGAUUAGAUUUUCAUGUCCCUUUCAUAUUUAUAUGUGCUUGCCUUGGAGACACUUCCUCUAAAGCCUGCCCAGGCCGUUCCUCCAUCGUGCAGCUUUCCACUGCAAACAGUCUCGCUAGAAACCAAAAUCUCAAAGCAAACAGACAACGCAGCCAGGAGACUGAUGACAAGCACUGAACAUCGAGGUAAUAAAACCCAGUGUAAAUCAUUCGAAGCCUUACAGGAAAGGUAAAGAAGACGGUCCUGGAGGGAGCCCUUAUCAUGCCCCCUGCUUUGUGCAGGUCCUGUGUUCCGCGGUAGCGUUACCAGACAGUAUGCACACACUCCCCAGUUUAUUUAUUGCACUCAGCAUCAGACUGGUUAUUGCUCUGCUCGUUUUAUUGUUGUCUCCAGUUUUUGCUGGCUCAUUCCACUCCAUUAGCAUUCCAUUAGUUCAGCAUGGCAGAUGCUGUUUUCUGCACUGCCAUGCAGGUGAACAGCCACGCGUUUCCCAGACAGACACAGACAGACAGAAGUGUGUGUGUGUGUGUGCGCUCACAAUGGUGUAGCUUGUUUAUUUUCCCAUGAUGAAUGGUAGCGAUUGACUUUCCAGUAUUCCUAAAACUCCAUGCUGGGGAUUUUUAAGCAAAUGUGAUUGUAUUCUGGAAAAAAAACACUUUUCCCUAAACGUGUCGCUGUUUAUUUAUGAUUAGGAUUUCUUUUAAUAGCACCUGCCACCUCUUGGUGAGCACAUAUUGUGCUUUCAUAGUAAAGGAAACUGUUUCUGCCUGCACGCUGUAUUCAUGUUUGUGCCUGAAUGUUCCCAGAGUGUUGUUUUGUACUAUUUAAUAAAACCUGCUGCCCCUGUGAAAGCUACAUAGUUCACAACAUGUACAAUUCAUGGAUUUAUUUAUUUACAAUAGACUGCAGCUGGCUUAAAGACGAGUGGCAUAAUUGCAGAUCCAACCCAAGCAACAUUUCCAGCAUCUGUGCCCAGAAUAGAACGAUCCUCCCUCUGUAACACACACAGCUCCGGUACUUCAUGCUGCAGCACUGGUCUUUUCAUUUAAAAGGAGUGCUAGCCAAGAUUUUAAAAUCAAUUUUCUUAGCUGCUGUUAGUGGAAGCAGUGAUGUCACAGGUCCCCCUUUCCUCCUGUUCUAAAAACUAUUGUAUUCUUUGUGCUUCAGGGUGGAAUAUGCUGACAUUUCUUAUCCAGAGAAGUUGCUGCUGCUUCCUGGAACAGACAUGUCACGCAUGGGUUGUAGUGGAAACACACUCCAGUGGUCUAGCUGCAAUCAGACCAUGUAUUAGAACUUGUUGAAUGUUCUAUAUUCAUGUAAGAGAACCAAAAUCUGUAAAGUGUAUGCCUAAGGUGGCUUAAUCAAUAUAUUUUAAAAGCACGUUGUUAAUCUGCAGGUCCAGGCGUGCAGUUAUUGGACUGUUGAACACCUUUUGUGUGUUACUGCCUUCAUGGAACUGGUAAAAUUGCUGGAAACUAAGUUGGGAAUUUGAUCAUUUUAAGAGUGUAGUCCCGUGACAAUCCAUUGCCAUUUUAUUAUUCCAGUAUUGCUCUUGAAUUUAACUUUUAGCAUAAAAAACUUGUAAGGAAAUAAAUAAAAGGAUGUGACCUU